AUGGCUGCCGAGGGUUUGGCCGACCACUACCAGGUUCUUGAGGAACUUGGCCGUGGAAGCUUUGGUGUGGUAUACAAAGGUAUUGAGAAAGCAACAGGGGAAACUGUCGCCAUCAAACAUAUCGAUCUCGAAUCCAACGAUGAUGAUAUUCAAGACAUUCAAGCCGAAAUAGCCGUUCUUAGCACUUGCGCCAGCCCGUUUGUGACCCAGUACAAGGGCUCGUUUCUCCGAGGUCAUAAGUUAUGGAUUGUCAUGGAGUAUCUUGGUGGUGGCUCGUGCCUUGAUUUGCUCAAACCGGCCAACUUCGGCGAGACGCACAUUGCCAUUGUCUGUCGCGAAUUGCUUCUGGGCAUCCAGUACUUGCACCAGGAAGGCAAAAUCCACCGAGACAUCAAAGCCGCCAACGUCCUCCUUUCAGAGUCCGGCAAAGUGAAGCUGGCAGAUUUCGGCGUCGCCGCCCAGCUGACCAAUAUCAAAUCGCAGCGCAACACAUUUGUCGGGACUCCUUUCUGGAUGGCCCCGGAGGUUAUACAGCAAGAUGGAUACAGCUUCAAGGCUGACAUUUGGUCAUUGGGCAUUACUGCCAUGGAGAUGGCCAACGGCGAGCCGCCACUAGCACAUAUUCAUCCUAUGAAGGUGCUAUUCCACAUCCCCAAGAAUCCUCCCCCGGCUCUAGAGGGCCAUUUCAGCAAAGAAUUCAGAGACUUUGUAUCUCAAUGUCUCAUUAAGGACUACGAUCGCCGACCAACUGCAAAGGAGCUCUUGCGCCAUCGCUUUAUUCGUUCUGCAGGCAAGGUCGAGGCCCUACAGGAGCUCAUCGCACGAAGACAGAUGUGGGAUGCAAACCAAAAUCGCCAGAGACACCCAAUCUACUAUCAGGAGACUCUACAAACCAUUUCGCCCAAGGAUGAUGAGGAAGAAUGGAUCUUUGACACAGUCAAGUCUGUCGCGCCACCCAAGCGACCAACCAUCAGGCACCGAAAGCCUUCCUCCAUGUUGGCUACCGAGGACUCCAUGCGCAGACUUGAUCUCAAGGAUGCUCCCCUGGGCUCGGCCUCUCCCGCCGGUGGAACGAUACGUAAAUCCACGGUUCGGCGAACCCCAUCAAUGGCACAGGUGUCAGCUAUGCAUUCCACUGGCUCCCCCAGGAACAGCUUGCCCCGAGGCUCGGUUGUGGCUAAGAGACCCCUUCAGCCCGACAUGUCAUUCGGAAACUCCGGCUCGACCAUGCGCCUUUUCCGUAGGGUUCCUUCAGAUAGCUCCACAAGAGGAGAGGCUGGGCGACCUGCCUCUCCCGACGACGUCUUUUGCGAUGAGAAUGUGCCACCGGCAGCAGCGGCUCCUAUUGAACCCUAUGGGAAGGAGGCAAUUCUCGGGCGUAGACUUUACAACAAAGCCAUCGAGCCCAGCCUCUCUGAGCUACAUGCCCAAACUUCCGCAAUGCAAAAGCGCGAGGCGCUGGCUAAGCUGUCUGAUGCGUUUGCGGCUUUAGAUGCCGUCGAUCCGGAAGGCGCGUAUCAUCUCGUCAACAAUCUUCUCACUUCUAUGUCCCAAGACAAGAAGCUCAAUGGUGCUCUACUUGAUAAGCCAUCUAGGAAGAUACCUGACGAUGGGACUCCUCAAGGAACCGUCAUAAUUAAGAGCUCGACGCCUAUGACUAGUCCUACGAAGCUUGUUCUUAGCUCAAACAACCCUCAUCUGAAGAGCCAUAGGCGCCGGCAGGGGGAAUCCCCUGCCCCUGAGAGCUUCAAUGAGAAGGAUCAAUCCAUAAUUGAGACCAAGUAUCCCGGACGGGAGAUGAGGUCUGGUAUGGAACAUUGCAAGCAGCUCUCAGAUGUCCUCUACAACCGUUGGGCUGAGGGGCUUCGCAUUCGCUGGCCUGCCGCCUAA